AUGCCGGAGAAGGCCGUCGCCCACCGCGGCAACGCAGGCAAAGCUGCCAUUUUUACAGCGGGCAUGCUCACGACGCUCAUCGCCCGACUCUCUCAUGCCUUCAUCGAGGGCCUGGCCUUCACCUUCUCCCCCAAGGGUGGCGCCGUGGUGGUGGGCACAGAGCUGGCCAUCCUGGCGUAUGCGGUGGGCCCGGGCAAGCCCCUGGGCAUUGCCUGGCGGACCGUCGCGCUGUGCACACUGGCGCGCGCCUCCUACGUCCUGGUCAUCACCGCCCGCCGGCACGGCUUCAAGGAGCAGGAGUCAGUCUGGGACUGGGUGCCGGAGGGGGACGGCAUGGAGUCGGGCGCCUGGAGCGUGCUGCGCCAGCUCGCCAUCUCCUUUGGAAAGAUGCGGGAUGACAACGAGGAGAUCGCAGAGCUGCUGUCGCACGAUCACCUGCAGCCGCAGGAGCUGGCGGCGCGCAUGUACUACAUGUACUGCGAGCACUGCCGCGCGCCCGUGACGGAGGCCAUCGAGGAGGGUACCCCCGCCCCGCCCGACGCCCUGCGCGCACUGCGGCGGUACCGGCGGUACGCCGUCCUGGUCUACGACGCCGUCACCGAGUCGAGCCUGAGCGAGGCGCUGGCGGAGCGAGGCUACACCCUGCUCUUCGCCGAGUUCGAGCCGGACAUGGGCUCCGGCUGCCCCGCCUUCUUCUGCGCGGUGCACGAGGAAGGGCGGGAGGUGCUGCUCGUCAUCCGCGGCACCGCCAGCCCGGAGGACGUGUUCAUGGACGUGCUGGCCACGGGCGAGUCCUUUGACGACGAGGACAUCCUGUGCCACUCAGGCAUGUGCAAGGCGGUGCGGUACCUCAGCGCCCGCUUCCGUGCGCUCCUCAUGCCCAUGCAGGAAGCAGGGUACCAGGUGACCAUCGUUGGCCACUCGCUGGGCGCGGGGGUGGCCUCACUGCUCACCGCCUAUUUCAAGCGCAAGGGUAUGGACCCGCGCCGGCUGCAGUGCGUGGCCUACGAGACGCCGCCCUGCAUGGACCUGAGCCUCGCCCGGGACUGCCAAGACGUCGUGCUUACCUUGGUGCAUGGCGACGACGUGGUGCCGCGCAUGUGCGCCGAAUCGCUGGCCUCCUUCCUGGAGGACCUGGUGGAAUUCGACUGGGAGCCCGUGGCCGAGAAGGAGGGCGUGCCCAAGGGCCUGGAGCUGAUGCAGACGCUGAGCUCCUUCUUCCCUUGGGGCGGCGGCGCCGGCGGCGGCCAGGGCAAGGAGGACACCGAGCGCGCGCUGUCCCACGCCGCCAGCGACGUGCGCGGCGCCGCGGAGCACAUGGGCAACCGGGAGCACCCCGACGGCGUCACCGAGGCCGGCGGGCGGCAGCGCAGCAGGACGGGGGUGUACAAGCCCUUCAUCCCGGGCCGCAUCGUGCUGGCGGCGCGGGACGAGGCCGGCGCGCCGCGGCGCACACUGCUCCCGGACCCCAGCUCCUCGGUCCUGCGCGCCUUCCGGCUGACGGGGAGCACCAUCUCCGACCACUUCAUCGACAGCGCGGAGCUUGGGGAGAGGCGCAGGGGCAGGACAUCUUCCACUCCCCCGGGCAACGGGCCAGACCCGGAGGACAGCCCCGCUGCGGCGCGGGCGCAGGAGGGCAGGGACUGA